CUUUAAGACUAAAUCCACUUAAAUGCAGUUAAAGAUCAAGGUGAUCAUUAGUUUACCUCAUAUACCGAAAGGUACCGGAUCGAAAAUGUUUGGCAACUGUUGUUGUGGAAAACAUGGUGAUGUGGAAAUCAGUAAAAAUGGUACUAGUUCGGAAGAAGUAGAAAUAAAACAAAGACGUUUUACUUUCAAGGAAAAUCUACAAUUUUAUGCAAAAGAAUACUGUGACGGAGGAACUAUACAUGGAUUCAAAUAUUUGGCCGAAAAUAGAACUAUUUUUGAAAAAAUCUGGUGGGUUAUUAGUAUAAUAUUGUCAAUCACCCUCUGUGUAUUUUUGGUGAUAGUAACUUAUGAUCGAUGGGAAAACGCUCCAGUCUUAGUAAGUUUUGCUACUAAAGAGACAUCUAUUUGGGAAGUACCUUUUCCAGCAAUUACAAUUUGUCCUGAAACUAAAUCUCGACCAACUAUUUUUAACUAUUCUAAGUAUUUGGAUUUGAAAAAACACAAUGUUGAACUAACCACUGAAGAGGAAGAAAAAUUUGGGUACUUAUCUCUGAUAUGUGAGAGAAAAUCUGGCAUAGUUUACAAAUCACAUCAUUUAUCAAAAAAACAUGUAUUCGAUUUUUUCGACCAGGUACAACCAAAAUUUAUGGACAACAUAUCUGAGUGUAAAUAUUUGGGUGAAAAUUAUAAUUGCUCUGAUUUGUUUUUUCCUAUCAUGACAGAUGAGGGAGUUUGCUACACCUUUAACCUCUUGGACCGAUCAGAAAUAUUCACUGAUGUAGUUACCCAUUAUAAAAAUUAUCAUUCCGCCCCAAAAUCUGAGGGCUGGAGUUUAGAAAAAGGCUAUAAUUCCAACGUUGGCAUCAAAACCUAUCCAAAACGUGCUCUUUUCUCUGGUGCAAAAUAUGCCCUUGAAGCUAAACUCACAAUCUACGAUGACGAACUGGAUUACGACUGUGGAUCAUCUCUCCUAGGCUGGAAGAUACAAGUCUCACAUCCAUCCAGGAUGCCGAGAGUGCGUGAACAACAUUUUCAAGUCCCUUUGGACAAAUCAGUCAAAGCUGCUGUUUUGCCCGAUAUGACCGUCACUUCAGACGCCGUAAAAAACUAUGACCCGUCCAGGAGGAAUUGUUACUUUCCUAGUGAGAGGCCGUUGCAGUUUUUUAAGAUUUAUACCCAACAAAAUUGUCAAAUUGAAUGUAAAACUCGGUAUACCUAUAAGAAGUGUGGAUGCACUAAUUUUUAUAUGCCAAGGUUUGCGAAUAUGUCUGUUUGCAGUGCUGGAAUGAUUAAUUGUAUCUAUGAAGCUGAACAUGACUUGUUGUUUACGGAUAUAAAGCAGAACUUGAUGAGGAAACAAGGACAACAAAUCGAUGAUGAAAUUGAUUGUGAUUGUCUGCCUAUUUGUACUUCCAUGUAUUACAAAGAAGAAAGAUCGAUGUCAGAUUGGAAUUGGAGGAACAAAUACCCUUUGAAACCUGGGGAAGAUAUUAAAAGAUACAAUCAGAAACACAUGUCAUAUUUUCAGGUUUUCAUGAAAGGAAACCAGUUUAUAACUCUCGAUAGAAGUGAAUUGUUUGGGCCCACAGAUUUUUUGGCUAAUUUUGGAGGUUUAUUGGGAUUAUGUAUUGGAUUUUCUUUACUAACAUUGAUAGAAGUUAUAUAUUACUUAACCGUUCGAAUUGUUUGUAAUAUUAUUUUGUACGGCAAAAGAAAUUGGUCUGGAAAAAUUGACUAAAAAAUGUACAAAUAAUUAAUAUUAUUACUUAUUAUUUUUUGUACUAAAUCUUUUAAUAGUUCUUACAAUAAUACCUAUGGAUUUUUUAAAAUG